AUGUGUCUAGCAGUAGCACGGUUGGUCAUCUUGGAGUUGCUGUCCAUUUUGUUGAAAGACGCACAAAUCUACUUCAGCUCUUUACACGAAUUUCCCGGCCCGCCAAAAGACCGUCCACAGAUUUGGUAUUUCGUGUCUGUCUUCUUGCCCGUGUUUGUUGUAUUUGCGUCACUCAUCGUCAUUUUUUACAUGUUCUACACGUCGUUGAUGCUUGAGGGUUUUUUCAAAAAACCAGUUUUUCUUCCGGAGGAAGCGCAAGAUUUCCUGGAUUCAAAAAAUAACGAAAGACCACGCCUGAUGAGCAGGUUCUUAACACAGUCCGAACUAAAGGAAAUAUACGCAUUGCCAGAAUUCAUCCCAAGGAGUCUCGAUCUAACUAGCUACGAUCGCGAAUUUCUCAGGAAAGCAAGCCAAAUUUGGUAUUUCGUGUCUGUCUUCUUGCCCGUGUUUGUUGUAUUUGCGUCACUCAUCGUCAUUUUUUACAUGUUCUACACGUCGUUGAUGCUUGAGGGUUUUUUCAAAAAACCAGUUUUUCUUCCGGAGGAAGCACAAGAUUUCCUGGAUUCAAAAAAUAACGAAAGACCACGCCUGAUGAGCAGGUUCUUAACACAGUCCGAACUAAAGGAAAUAUACGCAUUGCCAGAAUUCAUCCCAAGGAGUCUCGAUCUAACUAGCUACGAUCGCGAAUUUCUCAGGAAAGCAAGCCAAGUUCACAGCGCUCGGUGGAACCAGAAGGAUGUGGAGGAUUGCCCGAGCUUCAUCGAUAUUGCUAAAUUUGCUCACUUAAAAAAACAGCCGUAA